AAAUUAAUAUUUACAUUUUCUUCAUGCCAUUUUGAAGUCAAGCCAAAAAACCCCACAAAAAAAUGAAAACAUCCACUCCAUUUGAAAUAAAUACUAAUACUAAUUUAAACCCUAUAUAUUAAUACCAAAACAUGUAUAUCCAUGCACAUAAACUAAUCCAUAGAUGAUCACUACAAGAAAACAUCCUUAAAAUCAUGAACACACUAAACUUGCUUUGCUUUCUCCUCUUGCUAGCUCUGCCCCUUACACUUGCAAGUAUACAAAAUUCCGACAGCUUCAACGACGACGACGACCCUUUUGAGUUGCAAGAAACAGACGAAGAAGAUGGGUUUGAUGAGUUCAUAAACUUGCCAGAUUGGGAAACUGACGGUUGGAAAAAGGCUCCUGUCUCAAACGUGGAUUCAUUUGGUGCAGUUGGAGAUGGAGUUUCUGAUGAUACUAAGGCAUUUGUUGAUGCAUGGAAGAAAGCUUGUUCUACACGAGGAUCAAUUUUCUUGGUUCCGAAAGGGCAACGAUACCUGGUCAAUGCAACCAAAUUCAAAGGGCCUUGUGCUGGCAAGUUAACAAUCCAGAUCGAGGGAAGUAUGAUAGCACCGGAUGAUCCAGAAACAUGGGAUCCCGACUACCCUCGAAUGUGGCUCGGUUUCUACAAUUUGAGCAAUGUAUCUUUUCAAGGGAAAGGAGUGAUCGAUGGCUCAGGCAGCAAAUGGUGGGCAGCUUCUUGCAAAAGGAACAAAUCCAAUCCGUGCAGAGGAGCUCCAACGGCGCUGACUAUAGAUUCCAGCUCGUCUGUAAGGGUGAAAGACCUGACUGUCCGAAAUGGACAGCAGAUGAACUUUGUGAUCGGACGGUCCGAAUCUGUCCGCGUGUCGGGCGUGACAGUUUGGGCCCCCGGCGACAGCCCUAACACCGACGGCAUCCACAUCACUGCAUCCACAGAUGUGGUGUUGCACAACUGCAUCAUUGGAACAGGUGAUGAUUGCAUCUCGAUUGUGAGUCAUAGUUCCAAUAUCAAGAUGAAGAAUAUAUAUUGCGGACCUGGGCAUGGGAUAAGCAUAGGUAGCCUCGGCAAGAACAACUCGAGCGGCAUAGUGGACAAGGUUGUGGUUGAUAACGUCUUCAUUCGAGACACAACCAACGGCCUCAGAAUCAAAACAUGGCAGGGAGGCUCCGGCCAUGUGAAGGCGGUGCGCUACCAAAACGUCAACAUGGAAAACGUCUCCAACCCCAUCAUCAUCGACCAAUUCUACUGUGAUUCACCAAAUAAAUGUGAACAUCAGGCUUCGGCUGUACAAGUGAGUGAAAUCUUGUACAAGAACAUAUCCGGGAGUUCGGCCACGCGAAUCGCCGUGAAAUUCGCCUGCAGCGACACAGUCCCAUGCACCAACAUAGUCCUCAACGACAUCAACUUGCAGAGUGAAGAUGGCGAUGAGGAGACGUACUGUAAUAAUGCAUCUGGAUUCCUUCACGGCUACGUUAAUCCUUCUGCAGCUUGCCUGCAGGAGAGAGAAGCUGCUGUUGAGGAAAGUAGCUCUCGACAUAUCAUUCAUACAGAACUAUGAGACAUAUUGGAGCAUGAAAUGUUGGGUUUCCUAGGUCGAAAUAUAUAUAUGUGUGUGUGUGUGUGUGUGUGAGCUUGUUUUGGAGACAUGUAGACGAUUGGAUCAAGAAAUUAUUGUAAAACUAUUGUAUGAGGUAAAGUAGAAAGAUGUUGAUUGAUGCACUACUACAAUUCUGUUAAUUAAACAAGCUUGAGGCACCAAAGCCCAUUUGUUUGGUUAUUUGGUCUAGUGUAUAUUAGCUUGGUUGUUGAUUUGUGAGUAGAUUGAUUAAUUUAUUGUAAUAUAUAUUCAGUUUCAUGAUAUCAUA